AAAAAUGUCCUACCAAGAGGGACAAAAGUGAUAUCCCAAUUGAACUAUUAUUUUAUACCAUUCUAAUUUAUUGAUGUUCCUAAAGGCCUAAACAGUUAUAAACCAGGCCGAGUGAUUCAUUUUUCUUUGUUCCAACUUUUUAAUAACACAUUUUUUCCCUAUAAAUAAUUCUACAUUAUGUUAUUGUAGUGGUAUGUUCAUCAAAUCUUUUAUAUAUAAUAUAUAUAUACAUAUUUAUAUAUUACUUUAUGCUUAAAAAAGAACAAAAACAAACCAAAAAAAACAAGGUGUUAGGUUGUAAAAAGACAGUUGGGUUGGAACAAAUCUGGUUUUUCUUUGCUCUGAGACUUGAAUUGGUAGUUUCAGCUAUCAGUUGUUUGAGCUAGACAAAACCAUGAAUAUGGAUAUGGAAGAAGAGCAAAGGGAAAGCCUUUUACCAUCAAACACUGGAGUGAACACAACCCAUUUGAGAAAAGACCUGAACAAGGAUGAUGAUAUUGUUGCUGAGGUGAAGCAGCAGCUUAAAUUAGCAGGUCCCUUGAUAUGUGUUAAUCUCUUAACAUACAGUUUGCAGGUGAUUUCAGUCAUGUUUGUGGGUCAUCUUGGGGAAUUAUCAUUAGCUGGAGCUUCCAUGGCCACCUCUUUUGCUUCAGUAACUGGUUUCAGCUUGCUGAUUGGAAUGGGGAGUGCCUUGGAAACAUUCUGUGGGCAAUCCUAUGGAGCAAAACAAUAUCACAUGCUUGGUGUACACAUGCAGAGAGGAAUGGUUGUUCUUCUAGCUGUUAGCAUUCCUUUGGCCAUUAUAUGGUUCAAUGCAGGCCAAAUCCUCUUGUUCUUGGGUCAAGAUCCUGAGAUAUCUGCAGAGGCUGGUCGGUAUGCUCGGUUCAUGAUACCGAGCAUUUUUGCUUAUGCUGUCACUCAAUGCCACACCAAGUUCUUGCAAACACAGAACAAUGUGGUUCCAAUGAUGAUCACUACAGGAAUGACAACAUUACUACACUUGUUCAUAUGUUGGUUUAUGGUAUUUAAAUCAGGUCUUGGAAAUAGAGGUGCAGCCAUGGCAAAUGCAAUCUCUUAUUGGAUUAAUGCCUUGUCAUUAGUACUAUAUGUCAGAAUCUCUCCUUUAUGUAAACACACAUGGACUGGUUUCUCCAUGGAAGCUUUUCAUGGAAUCCCUAAGUUUCUAAAACUUUCCAUUCCGUCAGCUGUAAUGUUAACGUUGGAGAUCUGGUCUUUCGAAAUGAUGGUUUUGUUAUCUGGCUUUCUUCCGAAUCCAAAACUCGAAACAUCAGUCUUGUCAAUCAGGUUUGUACUUCUUCCAAACCUAUGCUAUUUGGUAACUUAUAAGUUGAAGUUCUUAACAUUUGUAUCAACAAAUUUCAGUCUUAACACAUGUUCAUUGGUGUAUAUGGUACCUCUUGGACUCAGUGGAGUCAUUAGCACAAGAAUUUCAAAUGAAUUGGGUGCUGGGAGGCCUCAGAUAGCUCGUUUAGCAUUAUGUGUUGCACUUUGCAUGGUUGUUACAGAAGGCACCUUAGUCGGUGCUGUCUUGAUAUUAGGCCACCGAAUUUGGGGCUAUUGUUACAGCAGAGAAGCAGAAGUUGUUAAAUAUGUUGGACAAAUGUUGAUUUUGAUCUCAAUUUCUCAAUUCUUCGAUGGAAUUCAAUCCGUCCUCUCAGGCAGUGUUAGAGGCUCAGGGAGGCAAAAGAUUGGUGCUUUUGCUAAUUUGGCAGCUUAUUAUCUUAUGGGCAUACCUGUAGCCUUACUUCUAGCCUUUGUUUUUCACAUUGGUGGGAAGGGGCUUUGGAUAGGAAUCAUAGUGGCCUUAAUCAUGCAAGCAUUGUCUCUUGCUAUUCUAACAAUCUGCACUGACUGGGAAAAGGAGGUGAAUAAUGCUUCAGAUAGAGUACAUGGCACAAAAGUUGUAAUUAGUGAUGAAUUAUCAUGAUGCUAAUCUGAUUAUAGGAAGUCUAAUUAUGAUCACAUUAUAUUCUUCUUUGGAGGGUCAAAGUCAAACAUUGUUAACAAUCCCAACAAGUGAGGUUUCUCUGUUAAUGAGUAUAGUUAGUUGAGUCUGUUAACUGUAUUUUAGUUGUUUCUUUUACUUUAUAAAAACUAUUAUAUUAAAUUAUGUGAUACUUAAUAUUUAAUUGUAUUAUUAAUGAUAUGACCUUAGGUGGUGCGAGGCACCAUCAGUGUCUUUUAUCA